AUGUCCGGCGUGGACGACGUAGACGCUCAACACAGGGACUAUCGACGGCCACAUAGUGCACACAACCCAAUUCCUACAGUCCAGAAGUAUCGCGAGGAGAAGCAGAGAAGGCAGCAAGCGUACGGGAACCCAGGUGGCGAGAGCAAUGAACCAAGCAAACGCGAUCGGCUCGGCGACGCUGUAGAUGUCUUCAGGUUUGGAAAAGACGUAGAAGAGGCCAAUGAUGGAAACGGGCCGUACCCAGCUACAAACAAAAAUCUUCCGCAAGACGACGAAAUUGCUGAAGAUCAUGCUGGCAAGACAGUACCCAGCAACGACCACAGAGAUGCACCCCAGGAUAUGGAUGACGAGCAAGAGGCGGAAGACACGACAGAAGGAGGGCUGAAAUCAGCAAACCCUAGAAAAGCCCGCAAACAGAUGAAGCAUUUCAAGGCCGAUGGCACGGAGCGCUUGGUUACCGACCCAAUUACCCAUCUGCCCAUUAAAGUUCACGAUUUCACCGAUCGAGAGCUGAAAAGCACUGCAAAGAACCCAUCACCACCCGGCUCAGAUCCUCGGGCAGCGACCGGCACUAAUGCCAUUAAUAAAAGUGACGAGCAACUGCAAGUCGAAAGCCAUGAAUCGCAAGAAGCCCAUGCAGGCAUGGAGGUUUUGUUUCCCCCUCCGUCCUUUGACCGAACGCGAGAUGAGAUUUCCACAGUCUACAUGCACGCUGUGACGAUUGGCGUGGGUGCUGCAGCCGUUAGUUUAAUGUUGGUUAAUGCCUUAUUCUGGCCAACACAUCAUUCCACAGGUUGGACAAGACAGCUGCUUAAGCUCACUGAGCUCAGUACGAUGGCAGCGGUGUCCGGAGCCAUUAUCCUGUUCAUGCGCCAAUGGUCAGAGAACAAGAUUAAGAAUGUAUGGGAUGUGGAAGUUUGGAGAGCAGAGCGGGAACGUGGUCAAGAAUUGGCCAAAACCCAGACUGCUGAAAGCACUCAAUGGCUGAACUCACUCUUUGCAUCAAUAUGGCCUUUAAUCAACCCCGAUCUAUUCACGAGCAUCUCCGAUACGCUUGAGGAUGUAAUGCAAGCUUCUCUUCCUAGUAUGGUUCGUAUGGUGGCUGUCGAAGAUAUUGGUCAGGGUAGCGAAGCUCUUCGUAUUCUUGGUGUUCGCUGGCUACCAACGGGAGCAGCUGCUCGAUCAGUGGGCGCUGAUGGGAAUCUUAAAUCUUCAGAUGAAGAGAAAGACGACCGUACUGUGCCAGACGAUGGAGAAGGCGAAGAUGGAAUACCAGGUCAUGAUACCAUGGAGGCUGAAGAUGGCGACUUUGUCAACCUGGAAAUUGCAUUCGCGUACAGACCCUCAACAGGACAAGGUGUCAAGACACGCGCAAAGCACGCACAUUUACUGCUGGCUUUCUACCUACCAGGAAACGUUAAGCUACCUGUCUGGGUUGACCUUGCGGGCAUGGUUGGCGUUAUGCGCUUUCGUCUACAGCUAUGCCCAGAUCCUCCGUUCUUUUCUAUUUGCACCAUGGCCUUCAUGGGUCAGCCGAAAGUGGCCCUGUCUUGCGUCCCACUCAUUAAAAAGGGACCUAAUCUCAUGGAUGUCCCUCUAAUCUCCAAAUUCGUUCAAUCGUCCAUGGACGCCGCCCUAGCCGAAUAUGUCGCACCCAAGUCUUUGACACUGGACCUCAAAGAUAUGAUGAUGGGAGACGACUUCAAGAAGGACACGGUCGCACAGGGCGUAAUCAUGGUGCACGUCAAACAUGCUUUCGACUUCAAGGAGGGAGACACAAAGAUCGGUCCCUGGGGUGGUUCCGCCGAUCCUUAUGUCAGUGUAGGCUGGGCCAAAUUUGGCAAGCCACUCUGGUCCACGCGUGUCUUAAAAUCGAAUAUGGAGCCCCAUUGGGAUGAGUGGUGCUUCGUUUGUGUCACUCGUGACGAGCUGAAUGUUGACGAAAAGCUGAGACUUCAAUUAUGGGACUCCGAUCGCAUGACCGCUGACGAUGACCUCGGACGUAUUGAGCUGAAUCUCAAAGACCUGAUGAAGAGUAAUGAGACCAAUGGCAGAAUGCACGAUCGCGAAGACGGCUUCCAUGCUCUAAAGGCUGGGCAAGGUAUGCCUGGAAAACUGAGCUGGAGUGUCGGCUACUUUUCGAAAACUAGAAUUACCGACGACCAGCUAACUAUGCAAGAGGAGGACCCGGACGUAAAAACCAUACAACAGCUGAAAGAUAAGGUAUAUAAGGAAGCGGAAGGCAAGCUUCGGGAGGCAAGCGAGGAUCAUCGAAAUGAGGUGGAACAGCAGAAAGCUGAAGAUUUCAAAAGCCGCCAAGAUGAACUCAUCAUUGCCUCCCCACCUUCUGAAGACUAUCCAUCCGGCAUUCUUAGCAUCCAGAUCCAUCAGAUUACCGGAUUGGAACUGGAAACUUUGAACAAGCAGAAAGUUUCGGCGGAGGCUACUGACGAGGAAGAAGAGGGUGACGAUCUUCCUUCGGCAUAUUGCAACAUCAUCCUCAACCACAAGAAAGUCUUCAAAACCCGGACCAAGCCAAAGAACUCGAAGCCCUUUUUCAACGCUGGAUGUGAGCGCUUCAUUCGAGAUGUGCGUAACACUGAAGUGCAUAUUGCUGUCCGCGAUGCUCGCGUUCAUGAAGAUGAUGCUUUGCUAGGCAUUGUGUAUCUUCCAUUGGAGAGAGUGUUCAAAGAGCGCAGCCAGAUUAACUCCAUAUUCCCGCUUGCUGGGGGAAAUGGCUAUGGACGCAUGCGCGUCUCAAUGGUUUUCCGAAGUGUGCAGGUCCAACUUCCGCGGGAACUGCGUGGCUGGGAUUAUGGAACUGUGGACAUCAAACCCUAUAUCAAGGGUGUCGAUGUUCCGAGCGACAUAGGGCCCCUCAGGCUCAAGGUUCGUACUCCAUUGGACCAUGGAAAGUUGCAUUCACGCAGACGUAAAGGUAAUGUCCGCUCCGAGGAUGGCCAGCCUGUUUGGACUACAAGAAAAAGCCGACCGAUCCGCUUGCCCGUGCGCGCACGCUACUGUGCACCGUUGAUUUUCGAGUUUAGACAGGAUGCGACGUUGAGAGAUCGCACACAUGCGUUUUGCAUCUUCUGGCUUAAGGAUAUUCCGGACAACGAGGAGCAAACAAAACGUCUUGCUAUCUGGAAAGGCGAUUUGAAACGCGCAGAAGGCAACGUACUCGAUUCAUAUGGUGAAAAGGUAGGCGAGAUCGAAGUCACACUGACAAUGUGGUCUGGUCUAUCUGGAUAUCAUGAGAAGCUGGCAAAGGGCGACAAGCAUCUUACCAACGUCAUGGAAGUGCUGGACACUUGUAAUGACCAAGAAUGGACCAACUGGGAGGAAUCGGACGGUUCGGAGAAACCUGGUAUCAACGACAACAAGGAUACUGAAGAAGACAGCUCCGACAGCUCCGAUUCAUCUGACGAUGAGGAAGAAGAACACGAUGAAGACGUCAAGGACGACAGUGGUAACAUGGUGCCUGAUUUUCUUCAAAAACACAGAAAAACGGAUUCAAAGAUGAGUGAAGACCGCGGCAGGGGCCCAAUUACACAGUUGAAGGAGUAUAAAGCAUCUCACAAGACGCUACACCGCAAGAACAGAGGAAUCAUGCAAUGGAAGGGGCCGCGGACGCUAGCCUGGAUGAAGCAUGUGGGUGAUAGGGGAAAGAGGAAGGUGGGACACAUCUUUCACCACCACGAAAGAAACGGGGACGAGAUCGAGACGGAGGUCUGA